AUGAUUUCUGCUGGAACUGAUCAUAUCUCACUACUACCGCUACCGCUGAAGGAGAUGCAGAUCCGUAAGCAUCCUCCUCCAAUACACCUUUUAUUACUGUUGUCAAACUCGUUAUGUGCUCUGAUCGUGGUUCCACGCCACGAGCUUAUUAGCACAUUAGUUAUAGCUGAACACGAAAGUGGUACUAUUAAGGCUCAAUCACUGAGUGCAAUAGAGGCUACCCGCUAUUUGAGUGAAGACAAUGUUGUUUGUUUAAUUGCCGGAGCAGGUCCUUUACUUCAAGAAGCUGCGACCAAUGCUGCGUUGUGCCAUCCUUCUGUAUUAAUCGCUGAUUCAGAUAAAUUUACUUAUCCUUUGGCAGAGCCAUGGGCUAGAUUGGAUCUGGUCCAGCAGAAAGGUAACUUCACCCAUGUAGUUGCUUCUUCGAACUCUUUUGGGAAAAACAUACUACCACGUGCAGCUGCCCUUCUGGAUGUUUCUCCUGUUACUGAUGUCACUGCAAUUUCUGGAUCUAAUGAAUUUAUCAGGCCAAUAUAUGCAGGAAAUGCUCUGUCCACUGUACGAUUCACUGGUUCUGGACCUUGCAUAUUGACUAUCAGAUCUACAUCGUUUCCGGUGUCUGAAAUGUCACCUAAUCCCAAGUCUUGUUCAGUGCCAAUUUCCCAGGUCGAUAUAUCAACCCUUGGCGAAGAUGAAGACGGUAAAUCCAGACAUGUAAAACAUACCUCUCAGAAUGCAGAGCGUCCCGAUCUUGGAAAUGCACGUGUUGUUGUGACUGGUGGUAGAGCAUUGAAAAGCGCUGAGAACUUCAAAAUGGUAGAAAAGCUUGCAGAGAAACUUGGUGCAGCAGUUGGUGCAACACGGGCAGCUGUUGAUGCAGGAUUUGUAUCGAAUGACCUCCAGGUUGGACAAACUGGUAAGAUUGUUGCCCCUGAACUAUAUAUGGCUUUUGGUGUAUCUGGUGCCAUUCAACAUAUAGCUGGUAUGAGAGAUUCAAAGAUCAUUGUUGCUGUAAAUAGAGAUGCUGAUGCACCAAUAUUCCAGGUUGCAGAUUAUGGAGUAGUGGGCGAUCUUUUUGAGGUCAUACCUGAAUUGCUAGAGAAACUCUGAGAAAAUAUGGAUGUGGUAACAUUUAUACAACGCAUAUCUUCAAAUUCUUAUCCCUUUUGUUUUAUUAGAAGACAAGUGUAUUAGUUCUACAAAAGUUCUAGUGCCUGCAAACUUAGUAAGGGGGGGUUUGUUUGAAUUAUGUAUAAUAGGUAAUAGGUUUGAUGGGUAGUCAUCUGGUGGCUUAUUUGAGUAGUUGCAUGGUGCAUUAGCAAAUACUAUUUGUAUGUUUUUUCUAUCUGGUAAAAAUGGGUUAAUUGACUUACAAUUAACGUUGUUAAGUA